CACCACAGAAGACGAGACGGUGCUGGGCACUGGCUUGCGGCUUACAGGGAGGCAGAGGAGCAAAAAUACAGGCAUCAACGUAGGAGAACAAAAGCAGCUUAUAAAAAAUCUCCAGUUGCAUCAUGUUGACAGACCCUCUGAACUCUGUUCUCUGGACAUCAGCGAGCAGAAACUAAGCUCUGUCAAACCAGAAGAACUCGAGGUGUUUGAUAACGUGGCUUACAUCAACGCAUCUAUUAACUCCCUCUCUCUAGGAGCUUUCAGUAGUUUUGUGUCUCUAAGAGAACUCAACCUGUCAUUAAAUGAGGUUAGCGACUUGAUGUUUGAUGCUGCUGCCUUCCCUCUUCUCGAGGUUCUGGAUUUGUCCUACAACUGCUUAUCACCUGAUGCUAUUGAUUCUCUCGGUCGGCUCCCACGUCUUAAGGUCCUUCAUCUAACUGCAAAUCAGCUUCAGCGUCUCCCUCCUAAUCUCGGCUCCUCACACCGAGACCCAACUCAGCUGCCGGCUAAAGAUGAAGACACAUGCUUUCAAGCUCUAGAAGUCCUGAUGCUUGAUGAUAAUGAACUGACCUCUGGAGUCUUCAGCAGCCUUAAAAACCUAACGAGGCUAAAGCAUUUAAGCCUACAGGGGAACUGCAUUUCUGAAAUACCGUUCAUGCAACUGGUGGGUUUUUCCAAACCUGUGCAGACUGCCACUGAAGAAGAGGAGGAAGAGGCACUCGCUCACUCGGAGCCUUCCGAUCAGUAUUUGACAAGAAUCUCAGAGAUCUUUCGCAAACACAACUGGGAGCAGAACCGCAAAGAAUCCAGUUUACCUCUUCCAGCGCUGCAGUACCUCAACCUAGCUGACAACAAGGUUGCUAAGGAGGAAGCACUGAUGGCUGCCACUCUUUUCCCGAUGCUUCGUGAAAUUGAUAUUCAGUUCAACCCCAUAACCACACGGAGGAGAGGAGACCCUCCCUUGCUAACCUACAUGCAGGAGAGACUUGGAAUAACAAUAAAGCAGAAGAAAACACCGGAGGUUGUGAAGCGCCCGCUGAAAGUGUCCACUGAACCAAAAUGGAAGGUGGAUGAAAAAAUACCAAAGGUGUCAAAGAAGCUAAUACUGCUGAAUCCACAAAGCCAGGCUGGCAAAAAUGCAGGCAAAAACAGCAGAAACCACACCUUCCAUGAAAAAAGAAAACCCUUCUUUCUUACUCAGGCAGCAGAUGGACCUGAGUUUGAAUUUAGUCUUCUUCCUGAAGACAAAGAAACUGCAGACAGCAAGGAGAGAAAGCAGUUUGAUUUCUUGAUGGAUGUCGAACCGAACCCUCGUGUGCUCAAGCUCAAUGGAAUUCAAACAGCUGUUCGGAUGCUGGAGCACACACUGAAGAAUCUCCAUGUUUACAGGGACUCGAAACCAAAGCUCGACAGCAUCCAGACGCCGUACAGGGAGCGAGAGAAAAGGAUUAAGGAGCUGCCACCUCUGAAACCUGUGAAGCAGCUGACUGAAAGGGUAGAGGACAUGAUCAAAGAAAUCAGAGAGAGUAAAACAGUAAAAGUAGUCCCUUUAGGCACUACCCUACAAAGCAGAGGUGUCAGUAAGCAAGAAUAUAAGGAAGCUCUCUCGCUGAUGAGGGACAUGAAAAGAACAUAUAAGAUGGUCCACGCGAAAACAAUGGAGCAAGAAGCCACCAUCAAGUCUGACAGAGACUCUGACCAAAUCUGAGUUGAAUCUCCAUCUGUUUAACAGUCACGUCCAAAUAAUUAGCCGAGCAGAUUUUCUUUGGCUUGAAAUGUUUUCUUUGUAUUACUGUGAGUAGAAAUAAGUAAAUCGAGCAAUGUUUUCCUCGACUAUCAGCUCUAGAGUUGAAGUGCAGAGUUCACAAAGCUCAAGCAGAUGCAAGGGUGUCUAAUUGUAACUAAAAAAGUGUGCCACUGUCUGCUCCCCGUAAGCCUGACAGUUCUGAGCAGCUGUGCCGCCACGGCUGUGACCAGAAUCCAUCCAGGAUGAAUGCAUUGUAUUCAUUAGGAGUAGAGCUCAUUGCAAAAACAGAAAGUAGAGAGAGCUUUUUCUCUCUUUUUGUUUUGUUUUGGGUGAGGAGAGGUGUUUUAGACUGUUUGUGCACAUUUAUAUGCAAACACCCUGUUCUGUAGAAGGAACAUUGGGGUAGAUUUUACAGUGCAACAAAGUCCACAUCAAGCCCUGCUGUAUUUGAAAAUGUUGUACACCCUCUAAUGGUUCCCAAUCAGCUAUUCUCCAUGGGUAUUGUGCAUCACCCUCUCACUCACCUUUUAUAUGAGAUUUUCAAAAAUGAUUAUGUGGCUGAUUAUUAUCUUUUUGUAACUUUGAACAGACUUCUGCAGUGCAGAAUGAUUUAGGUUUCGAUGCCAAUGUGCGGUAUUACUACAAGUUGAGAGUGGUAGUUGUUUGUUUUCGUUGCUCAUUCCCUUUUUGAUUUCAUGGUCUUGUCCAUCAUAUGAUUUUGAUUAUUUGUCUCGAGUGCAGCGUGCAGAUGUGGAAUGCAUGUUCAGCCCCUGUGGAAUAAAUCACUUGGCACUCUGAAGAUACUGGGUGCAGGGAUUCUGGGUUUUUACAUUCAUGUCGGGACAUUUUUCUGCUCCUGUAUGGAUUGAAUCAUAAAACAUUUAUGCAUUUCUUACGCUAAACAAAAAAGCGUGCUCUGGCAGGGGGUUCGGUUUAAGACGGGACCCAGAUUCAACAUGCGAGGAGGUUGUAGGGAAAAAGGUGAUAAACUUUUAUGGAACGAGCCGAGGAACAGCUGAGGUGUUGAUCUCGGGAGGGGAAGACACAGAAGAGACGAAGAACAGGCAGAAUGGGCCUAAUGCAGCACAAACAAUGGAUCAGAGUCACCUGAUCCAGCCAUAGAAGGAAAUUUUGAAGCCUAAUGUUAGAACAGAGAGAGUCUGCCUUCCAAACCCAAACCUGGAGCCUGGUUCUGCCUCUCAUUAUGCUCCCGGAAACAGUGGGAACCACAAGUAAGAAUGUACUCUGAGGGUUAACAUGCUGCUCCAGGAUCUUUAGGAUAAAAGCAGCUUGGUUAUAAUUUAAUUCUGCAUUUCACGGUCUUUUUCAGUUUGAUCAAAAAUGUAAACACAACAGAAGAUAGUAUGUCUGUGAAGAUUCUCAGU